ACACUCCACUUGCUGGCCUCAAACUGAUAGAAAAAAAUCAGCUUUUAAAUCAACUAGAAGACGCCUAAACCCCCUUUUAGAAGCUCAUUUCAGUUCACUUAAUCAGAGCUGCAAAAAAAGAAGCUUAUUUGACUGUUAGAGAGGUAAAGAAAAGAGAUUAGAGAAGGCAGAGGAGGGCGUGACAGGGAGCCAGCCGAGCAGGCAAGCUGCUACUGCAGGGGGAGGAAGAGCGGGCGAUGCAUCAGCCAAAGCCAGAGGUCAAGAAAAAACGCGACAGGAUAGUGAAAAGGUAGACUCAGAGGGAGAGAGGAGGGUCAUUUGGGAUCUGAGCCUGAAAGCAGCCUCUCUUUGUUGUUGUGUGGUGACAACCGAGCAGAGAGGAGGAUGUGAAGGAGAGCCGCAGGCAGAGAGAGGGAGGCGACUGCGAGGAAGACAAGAAAAAUGCUCUCAGAGAUGAUGUGCAGGAGGAGCUGCCAGCAGCUCCAGCAGCAGCAGCAGCAGCUGGAUGGGAAGGGGGCUCCACAGAGGGACCCUUCCAGCCGCAGGAAGCACGGCUGGUCCAAGAGCUGCAGGGGGCGCAUGCAGGGGCGGAGGGCAGGAAGAGGGGGAGGGUGGCCAAGAGGGCGCAAUCAUCAGCAGCAGCAGCAGCACCCUCAGCGUCAUCAUCCCCAUCAUCCCCCCCGACACUUCCCGAGGCCGGUGGUGUCCCUGCGGCCCGUCAACGUCAAAGGGAACCGCGCAAGGGGGAUGCGCGCCCCCAAGAACACCAACCAGUUCCUGAUGCACGAGAAGUACCAGAUGCUGCACAUGCGCUCCGACUCCGUGGGCAGCGACAGCGGCAGCUGCUCCGACAGCGAGGUGGAGCUCACGGACAUGGACUCGUACCUGGGCGUCCUGGAGAACGCGAGAGGAGCCCUCUUGGACAGUCCCAACCCGCACGGCUCGACGCCGCCAACAGGACAGAUGGUGCUACUGCAGGAGGACGGCCUGCGUCUGCAGGAGGACAGUCUGCGUCUGCAGGAGGACGGCCUGCGUCUGCAGGAGGACGGUCUGCGUCUGCAGGAGGACAGUCUGCGUCUGCAGGAGGACAGCAUGCAGUAUUUCCCCUCUGAAGAUGACCUGAUUAAGAGCCAGAAUUUCAUGCAGAGGGACUUUGUUGAGUUCUGUGACAUCCUGUCACCCUGAAGGGGAACUUUUAGGGGGCCAUUUUGUUCUCGGCAGUGUGAAACUCAAACCUCUUGACAAGGAGCGGGGUCAGGUUUGUUCAUGCUUCACGCUCACGGAAAUGUAAAAUAAUAAUUUAAUAAAUAACUCAAUCCGUCAUUCAGCCUUACGUGUUGAGAAUCUGCUCGCUAUGUGAAAUGAUUCCAGCAGAAUUGAACUUUAAAAAAAAUAUUUUUUAAAUCAAGUGUCAUUUUCUUACUCUGCCAUAGUUCAUCUUUUUUUGAAGAUGCUGAUAAAGAUAAGAAAAUUUACAUUAUCUCACCAUGUUGUUAUUUUUCUAGGUUUUAAGACAGAAACCUGAACUGAAUGCAAACUUAAAUGACAUUAUUCAGAGAGAUGUUUUUUUUACUUUUCAUAGUUGGUUCAUCAUGUGUACAAUGUGCUGUAAAAGUGAUGCCUUUCUGCUCAUGUUGUUGUUGUUGCACACAAAGAGACGAGGGCUGGAUGAUGGGAGUGAGCCCCAACAGCCAAUCUGCAUCCAGCUGGAUGGAUUAGGCUGCAGACGAUUGGCUGAUGCGGACUGUCAUUAACCAACAACAAAAAAGAAGCCAUUUAACUGUACAAAAUAUUUAAAAAGAACAAAAACAAUUACAAAUAAAAAUCUGAUUGAUGUAA